AAAAAACCAAGCUUUUUUUUUUUUAAAUGAUGUUAAGAAAAUGGUGAAAAUAAUAAAAUCAUACAGUAUGGCUGAUGAUGGCAAUUUUAAAAGUGAUGUAAAUAAAGUCGGUGCCACUCCGAUGCAUGUUCGAAUUUUAGAAAAAUCAUUAGAUUUAAAUCCAUUUUUAAAUUUCACACAAAAACGUUUAAAUGAGUUAAUGAAAGAACCGCAAACGGUAUCCGAUACCGAGUCCUACGAGGAUGAUACCGAGGACGAAGACACUGAAGAUUUUGAACAAGAUAAGAAAAUCGAUCAAUCGAUUUAUUAUAAUUUUCGGAAUGUUGAAGAUGAUCGAAAAUGGUUACGUGAUAUUUUAUUAUCGGUGGAAGAUCCUGGCGCUGAGCCUGAUUAUCAAGAUGAAAAUGUUGUUACGGAACACGAUUUACAAACUUUGCUUAAACAACACCUGUUUGAGAAAAAACAUCGGAAAUUAUUUAAACAAAAGGCAAAAUAUGGUCAAUAUAAGUAUUAUGGAGCCAGUUUGCUGUCAAAAGUUGACAUGUAUGCGGAGAAUCAAAAGCAUAACGUUAAUAAUCUACCGAAACGAGCUGAUAAAAAUCUGAAGAGUAAGAGUAAUAACUUAAAGAGAAUUUCGAAAAAAUCGUUAAUGGGACAAAAAUCACAACACCAGUUAAAUAUUAUGAACGAUAUGGAUGAUUCAGUGAAUAAUGAUGAAAAUGAUUGGGAUGAUACAAUGAUCAAAGAGGAAGAAGAAGAAUUGGUGAUGCAAAAAUUAGGUGGUCGAAAUAUGGGUGGACAUUCAAAUGCAAAAUCAACGAAACGUAACAGUGCAUCAAAUAAUCCCGAACAGAUGGCGAUACGUCGUCGUAAAUUAUGGGUUCUGAUGUGUAAGAAAGAAAUGGGCAAAGUACAACGUGCCAAAGCGAAUAACCACAAAGAACAGCUGCAAACCUGCAAGCGAACAGCGCAAUUAUGUAUGAAAGUAUGUCGACAAAAAGCCAUGCAAUCCCAAAAGAAUAUGAAAGAAACAAUAUGGCGUUGUAAGCGUUUAACGCGUGAAAUGCAAACAUAUUGGAAACGUUACGAUCGCGUUGAACGUGAAAUGCGUCGACGCAUGGAGAAAGAAGCUGAAGAACAGCGUAAAAUGGAUGUGGAAAUGAUUGAAGCGAAACGACAACAACGGAAAUUAAAUUUUUUGAUCACUCAAACAGAAUUGUAUGCACAUUUUAUGUCAAGGAAAUUGGGUAAAGCUUCGCCAGAAGAACAGCUACGGAUCUUAAGUCAAUUGGAGGAGAAGAAAAUCACACGACUAGCACCUUUAGAUGAUUACAACAGUGACAUGAUGAAAGCAAAAGCGAAAAAGAAUGUUAUCGAUGCGAUUGAAAGUGAUCGAGCUCGUACCAAGUUAUUUGAUAAACAAACGGGCAAACCUGUUACCGAUGUCGAUGUCGAAGAAUUAGAUUUAAAAGAUGCAAACAUCAACAGUGAUGAGGAACAUCCUCAACCCUCCCUCUUCAAAGGUCAUCUCAAGGGUUAUCAAUUGAAAGGCAUGAAUUGGCUUGCUAAUUUAUAUGAUCAAGGUAUUAGUGGAAUAUUAGCCGAUGAAAUGGGUUUGGGAAAAACUGUUCAAUCGAUUGCAUUUCUUUGUCAUGUUGCCGAAAAAUAUUCUGUUUGGGGUCCAUUUUUGGUAAUAUCACCAGCAUCAACCCUACAUAAUUGGCAACAAGAAAUGGCUAGAUUUGUACCAGAUUUUCGUGUUGUACCAUAUUGGGGGAAUCCUAAUGAACGAAAAAUUUUACGACAAUUUUGGGAGCAAAAGGAUUUACAUACAAAAGAAGCCAGUUUUCAUGUUGUGAUUACAAGUUAUCAAAUUAUUAUCACUGAUUUCAAAUAUUUUAAUCGCAUCAAGUGGCAAUACAUGAUUCUGGACGAGGCUCAAGCUAUCAAAAGUUCUAGCAGUGUACGAUGGAAAAUGUUAUUAGGGUUCAGUUGCCGUAAUCGUUUACUAUUAAGUGGUACACCAAUACAAAAUAGUAUGGCAGAAUUAUGGGCGUUAUUACAUUUUAUUAUGCCUACACUGUUCGAUUCACAUGACGAAUUCAAUGAGUGGUUCUCGAAAGAUAUCGAGAACCAUGUUGAGAAUAAAACUGGAAUUGAUGAAAAACAUUUGUCCCGUCUGCAUAUGAUUUUGAAACCAUUCAUGUUGCGGCGCAUUAAGAAAGACGUGGAGAAUGAAUUAUCUGAUAAAAUCGAAGUAAUGGUGUACUGUCCAUUGACACGCCGUCAAAAAUUACUUUACAUGGCGUUGAAAAAGAAAAUUCGCAUUGAAGAUCUUUUACAUUACACCGUCGGUGGUGGGGAUACAAAUACGAUAGACAAAAAUUUCACAUCGAAUUUAAUGAAUUUAGUUAUGCAAUUUCGUAAGGUUUGUAAUCAUCCAGAAUUAUUUGAGCGUCGUGACGCUAAAUCACCAUUGUACAUACAAUCAACAAAUUAUGUAAUACCAAAAUUAAUUUAUGCCUGGUCAAAGGAUAUUAGUAAAUUACGUAUAUUAUAUAAUCAAUUAUAUUUAUGGACUAGUGAAUAUAUUUAUCGUGUAUUACAUAACAAUAAUAAUACAUCUACGUCUACGUCUACGUCAUCGACAACGUCUACGUCAACGUCGUUACCAUAUAAUUGUUUUUCAUUCACACGAUUUAUAAAUUAUUCGCCACAAGAUAUGUCCAACAUAUUUACGUAUGGUAUUCUAGAACUAUGUAAGCAAUAUUUAUUAUCGUUAGAAACAAAUUUAAAUUUAUACCAUCGAUCGUUUUGGUGGCCAUCAUCAGUUACAUCCACAUCGUCGAGUACAGCCACAAAUUUUGUGAUUACACCAAGUUGGAAAGUCAAUUAUCCAAAUAUUAAAUAUUCACAUCGAUUUCGUCAAUUUUUCUUUACAAGAGUUUUCGAAACAGAAAGUCGUGUUUAUACUUAUGCGUCACUCAGUAACAAUAACAAGUUGUUGGAUGUAUUUGGUGGGGAUGACAUUCAUGAAAAUGGUUAUUUAAAUGGUUUGGUGAAAAAGGAUGACGACUCAAAUGACGGUAUCUUACAAUCGAGAACUUCAGAAGAUUAUCAAGAUAUUAUCGAAAUGGAUUUACCACGAUUCUUGUUCUGCUACACGCCGAAAGUCGAAAUCAAAUCCAUCCAAUUGUAUUGUAGUUGUAUUGAGUCAGCAUUAUAUAAUCAACGUGUAAAUAGUCAAGGGAAUUUAAUUGAAGAUGCGAACACGCAUGCGCUUGCUUUAUAUUCAAACAAUCAAUUAUCAAUGACGUCAUUAAUUGUUAAACAUAUUAAAAUGGCGCAACCAUUACGUGGAUGGUUUAAUAUUGUUGUACCUGAUAAAGAAACACUAGUAACGGAUGCUGGUAAAUUAUCCGUACUUGAUCCGCUAUUAAAACGAUUAAAACAAGAAGGGCAUCGAGUAUUGAUUUACUCUCAAAUGACAAAGAUGAUCGAUUUAUUGGAAGAGUACAUGUGGCAUAGAAAACACAAGUACAUGCGAUUAGAUGGCUCCUCCAAAAUAUCCGAACGUCGUGAUAUGGUUGCUGAUUUUCAAGCUCGCACCGACAUCUUUGUAUUUUUAUUGUCGACGAGAGCGGGUGGUUUAGGUAUCAAUUUAACAGCGGCCGAUACCGUCAUCUUCUACGACAGUGAUUGGAAUCCAACGGUCGAUCAACAAGCCAUGGAUCGAGCACAUCGUUUGGGUCAGACGAAACAAGUAACGGUCUACCGUUUAAUUUGUAAGGGGACAAUUGAAGAACGAAUUUUACAACGGGCAAGGGAAAAAAGUGAAAUACAACGAAUGGUUAUUAGUGGGGGUAAUUUUAAACCGGAUACACUAAAACCAAAGGAAGUUGUUUCGUUGUUACUUGACGAUGAAGAAAUUGAAAUGAAAUAUAAACAAAAAGCAGAGGAACGGAAAAAUUGGGAAGAAGUACGAGAAAGAAAAGAACGCGAUCGUAAACGAAAGCAAUUAAUUAUGUCCAAUCCGUAUAUGGGAGGUGAGGAUCAGAAUGGAACACCUCCAUCCAAACGUAUAAAAGAAGAAUGGCCGAAUACUCCAGGCGGAGGAACACCGUCCACAACUAGUGGUGUAUUCACACCAGAAAGCCGCAGUGAAAUAUCAAGUCCAGUACAAAUUGAAGAGAAUACGAGUUUAGUUCAAACAAACGGACAUGAUGAUUCAAGUAACGAUGGCCUUCUAGAUGUGGAAACUCCUGUCCAUAGCUCUCAAACUAAUUUACUAUUUAACUCACCAUACGGAAAUAAGCGAGUAGUGCGCGGUGGAACACGAAGAGGACGACCUCGAGGCUCUCGUCGUGGAGGGGGCAGUGGUAGCAAAGGUCGUGAAGUUGUGACCACUCCCACAUCAGGAGUGGACAGUGAUACCAGUGUUGGAAACAAUGGUUCAUCGUCGGAAUCUGUUUUAAUGAUUGACGAUACCGGGGAAUCGAAAUCUAUGCAACCAAUUCGACGAGGUCCAGGUCGACCACGAUUAAAACCUGUGGGUCCUGGUAAUCAAGGUACCAGAGGGGUGGUACGUCCUCGAAAACCUGUACGACCCUUACCAGUCCCCUUACGACCGCAAGCUAUAGCUUCUACAAGUAAUUCAACGAAUUCCACAAGCACGACUACAAAUUCAACAAGUAGUGCUUCGUCCGCUCAACAACAGACUCAAACGUUUAGUUUUUAUGGUUCAGCAGCGUCGCCGUCGCCUACACCGUCACCUAGUGCUAGUUCAAAUCCUGUACAGUGAAAAUUUAAUUUUUUUUAAUGUAG